UGUUCCUCUGUGGAAGGCGAAAACUUUUCACUGAGUGGAUACGUCCGGGACUUUGUGACUUCACUUCGGCCAACCUCGCGGUCAACAUUGGAAGCAGACAUCUAACUUCAUCGUCCAUCGCUCCGAGAGCUCUCGCUCCGCGCUGACCGAAACUUAGAAGUUAUGGCUGACAGCCGGGAAGAGGGGAGAGAAGACGGAGACCGGGAGCCUCAGGGCGCCGAGGGUGGGGAAGAUGUCGUCGAUGAUCCCAUCAUGGAGCAAGGCGCGGUGGUCCUCAGAGGGUUUGUGGCCGCACGAAUAAACGCAGAGGAUCCCAGUCGACACGUGUCCUCUGAGCAGCUGGGAGGAAGGCCUGGUGAACAACAGGAUCCGCAGAUCAAAGAGGUGGUGCAUCAGCUGCUCAAGAUCGCAGACGAGAUGAACAGGAACGCCGAGCUCCAACGACUGAUCAACCAGGUUCAGGGCAACGGUGCUCAGGACAUCUUCAUGAAGGUGGCCAGGAGCCUCUUCGCUGAUGGCAUCAACUGGGGUCGAGUGGUGGCUCUCUUCCAUCUGGCCUACAGACUCAUAUACAAGGCACUGACCUCCGACCACCUGGAGAGCAUCCGAAUAAUCAUCAGCUGGGUUCUCCGGUUCAUCAGAGAGCAACUGUACCGCUGGCUCGUACAGCAGGGAGGCUGGGUCGGGGUGAUCCAUGGUUUUUCUCGGUGGAGGACGGUAGCCAUAGUAGCAUCAGUAGCAUUGGUGGCAGCUCUCGUUUACUACAGGAAGACGCGCUGAGAGCAGCAGACCUCCCAACCCAAAGGCUGCAGUCCCAUCACCCGGAAAACUGCAGCCAGUUAUUAAAGACUGUUAAUUACAACCACUCCUCACCCUCCACCUAUUCAUCCAGUGGAGGAUAAGUACUGUACCUUAGAAGGGGGG